AUGGUUAGUUGGGGAGACUUCAAUGAGAAUCUUUUUGUGCAUGAAAAACAGGGAGGGUUGCUCAGAGAAGAGGCUCGAAUGAAGGAUUUUUGUAGUACAUUGGAUGAUUGUUUAUUAGUGGAUAUUGGGUUUUUCGGGACAUGGUUCGCUUGGGAAAGGGGUAGAAUAAUGGAACACAAUAUUAGAGAAAGAUUAGACCAGAGAGUAGCUAUAGAUUCGUGGCUUCAACUGUUUCCAACUUAUUCUUUGAAACAUCUGCCACACUCUUUCUCUGAUCAUUCCUUGUUGCUUAUUGAGACGAAGACUAAUGUGGUGGGUAGAAGAAUGAGAAGAUUUUAUUUUGAAUCUUGGUGGACAUUAGUGGAUUCUUGUGAAGAGGUGAUAAGAAAGCUAUGGGAGGAUAGUUCUGGAUCUUUCUUAAUUUGCAUGGAUUACCUUGCAGAUGGUUUGAAAGGUUGGGCAAAAAAAGAUCAAGCAUAA